GUGCCUUCCCAUUAUCCCAUAUCUUUCCAUAUUCAUGGUCCUUCCUUUUCUCAUUCCUUCUUCCCUCUUCCCUUCCUCCUUCUUCCCUCUCUCCGGGGAACUGGUUGAACCAGAGUACAACCUGCUCAUCUGCCUCUGGCAGAGCGACUGCGGGAGCUGAGACGUGCUGAGCUGCGAGCAGAGCAGCAGAGCCAAGGCUUGGAAGGCUAGGCUGGCGCGCUGCGCUGCGGGGCGCUGCUGAGGGCGAGCAUCGGACCGGCCGCCUCCCCGAGGCCCAUGCAGGGGCGAUACAGCCCGCUGCUCACUCAUGAGGCCUCCGCGGUGCGUGGGAAGGACCCAAGGCAUCCCGCUGGGGCUGCUCGCGUUCUGGGUAGCUACCGCCCGCUGUCUGCAGAGUCAGGGUGUGUCACUGUACAUUCCACGGUCGGCCAUCAAUGCCACUGUCCAAGAGGACAUCCUGCUGUCAGUGGACUACAUCUGCCACGGCGUGCCCACUAUUGAGUGGGAGUACACACCUAACUGGGGUGUGCAGAAGAUCGUGGAGUGGAAACCAGGGACCCCAGCCAAUGUCUCCCAAAGCCACAGAGACAGAGUCUGCACCUUCGACAAUGGCUCCAUCCAGCUUUUCAGUGUGGGUGUGAGAGAUUCUGGCUACUAUGUUAUCACCGUCACAGAGCACCCGGGGAGCAGCCAGUCCGGCACCAUCUUGCUACAUGUGUCUGGUAAGAGAGCCCCAGGGCUCCCUGAGCCUCAGGCACAGAAAGCACCACUGAGGAGAUCGAGAUGAAGGAUGUUGAGUGUUAGCCAAGACUGUGCCAAUUACAUUGCUACCUCAAGAGAAAAACAGUAUUUCCAGUCGAAGAGAAAAACAGUAUUUCCAGUCGAAGGAACAAACCGAGCCAGUCCUUGCUGCAGCUUCUACACCCCUUUCCUGACGAGAGAGCUGGAAGAUGAGAAAGCUGGCUGUGCAUCUGGAGGUGACAGCCUAUGUAAGCCAGUUCUAGGACUUGCCUGUAGUUCAAAGAAAUAUCUGAGGCUUCAACCAGGAACUCUCUUUGGUUGCAGCUUCAGGACCACGCUGACCCUUAACACAGGCAGGCACCAGCUACCACUUACAAUAUGGACUGCGGCUCCACAUUGCCCUGCUGAGGGAGUUCCUGUCUCCAGGCCAGCAUGUCUGCAGAGGGGCUAAUGUGCAGCUAGCACUGGAGCAUGCUCUUGUCUGAUGUGCAAACUCCUCCCCGCAUCUCACAUCCCAUAAACAUGAGCAAGCCUGGAGUUCCGAGACAGUCUGAUGAUGCGAGUGAACUGUACCUCGUGGGGAGCAGCUGAGUGCACGAAGAAACCAGCUUUGGGCACAGAGAGCAGAAGGCAUUGAUCUCAUCCUCCCUCAGAACUUGGGUUGCUAUGAGAAAAACAUGGCUUCAGUUGACCAGGGGUAGCUGAAUGGGCAGUACAACAGUAAAAUCCAUAAGCUUCCAGCUUCGUCCUGUUCGAUCACUGGAGACUUUAAAUCUCCAGUCAGAUCCUGGGCAGAGGAGCAUGUGGUAUUCACCUACCUCAUACGGCAUCAGGGACUAAGAAAAACAUGUGAAUCCUUGGAAGAUCUGGAAAGUUAGUUGAGAAAGUGCAUUAUUGUAUAGCAAAGGUUAAAAUGCCCUGGGACGGGGCUAGAGAGAAGGCUCAACACCUAAGAGCCCUUGCUGUUCUUGCAGAGGACCCUGAUUCCUGCAAUUCCGUGCACCCACAUGGUAGUUCACAACCUUCUGUAACUCCAGUUCCAGGGAAUGAGUCUCUCUUCUGGUCCUCAAGGGCACUGCAUGCACACAGUGCACACAUAAAUGUGAAGGCAAAACAUUCAUACACGUGAAAUAAAAUUUAAAAAAGUAAAUCUAA